AUGACCACAGUCGAGAAAAUCAAGGCCAUCGAGGAUGAGAUGGCCAAGACACAGAAGAACAAGGCGACCUCGUUUCACUUGGGUCAGCUCAAAGCCAAGUUGGCCAAAUUAAGACGAGAACUUCUAACUGAUAGCUCCUCUGGUGGAGGAGGCGGUGGUGCGGGUUUCGAUGUUGCUAGAACAGGUGUUGCAACAAUUGGUUUUGUGGGGUUCCCGUCUGUUGGUAAGUCGACUCUUUUAUCCAAACUUACUGGUACACAUUCGGAGGCUGCAGCAUACGAAUUUACUACGUUAACAACUGUCCCUGGUGUUAUAAAGUACAAGGGAGCAAAGAUACAAAUGUUGGAUCUCCCUGGAAUUAUCGAAGGUGCAAAAGAUGGUAAGGGAAGAGGAAAGCAAGUCAUUGCAGUUGCGAGGUCUGUCAAUUUAUUAUUCUUGGUUCUUGAUGUAAACAAACCAUUGCAACACAAGCAGAUCAUUGAAAAAGAGUUGGAAGGUGUCGGGAUAAGAAUUAAUAAGGAACCACCCAACAUUAUUAUCAACAAGAAAGAGAGAGGAGGCAUCAAUAUCACUACGACCUCUCCUUUAACCCAUUUGGAUAAUGAUGAAAUUAGAGCAGUCAUGUCUGAGUACAAGAUAAACUCUGCCAACAUCGCGUUCAGAUGUGAUGCUACUGUUGAUGAUUUGAUCGAUGCUAUAGAAGCAAAGUCGAGAAGAUACAUUCCUGCAAUCUAUGUGCUCAACAAAAUUGACUCAUUCUCUAUACAAGAACUUGACUUAUUGUAUAAGAUUCCUAAUGCUAUCCCAAUCUCCUCAGGAAAUGGUUGGAACCUUGAUGAUCUUUUAGAAAUGAUGUGGAGUCGUUUAAAAUUGGUUCGAGUCUACACGAAACCAAAAGGUAAGAUACCUGAUUUCAGUGAACCGGUUGUCUUACGUAGCGACCGCUGCACUGUCGAGGACUUCUGCAAUUCUAUACAUAAGUCUCUUGUUGAUGACUUCAGGAAUGCAGUUGUCUUUGGAACUUCCGUCAAGCACCAGCCCCAAAUUGUUGGUUUAAGUCACGAGUUACAAGACGAGGAUGUCAUCACAAUUCUCAAAAAAUAA